UCGCCAAAAGACAAGUUGUUUCUGCAAGACGGCCGCUGUACCUUGCAGUGUUUGCAGCCUACCUGGGCACCAUGGCACUCGGCUUCUCCCUCACCUAUUCUUCACCGGCGCUCCCCGACUUGCGGCCUAAGAUGAACUUUACCAUCGAUGACAGCGCCUGGUUCGGCUCGCUCGUCAAAUUUGGUUCCAUUUUCGGUGGACUGCUAGGAGGGCCACUCGUGAACAUCGCCGGUCGUCGAACAACUCUCUUCGUUUCCUGCGGCUGGUUCCUGGCUGGCUGGUUGUUCAUCAUCUUCGCUAAGUCCAUCCCUCUGUUGUUCGCCGGGCGUGCCGUAACAGGCGUUGCCGUCGGUAUCGUGGCGCCCGCAGUGCCCGUAUUCAUAUCCGAGAUCUGCCCUUCGCACAUCCGUGGCCUGCUCAACACUGGAAGCAAUGUUUUUCUUUUCUGCGGCAUGCUGGCCACCUACGUCCUCGGCAAGUGGCUCACGUACCAGAACCUCGCUGUCGCUCUCAUGGCACCAACAAUACUCAUGGUUGUCCUGCUGUUCUGGACCAAGGAGUCUCCACGCUGGCUGCUCCAGAAAGGCCGCCGCGACGCGGCGCUAGAAUCACUACUCUUCUACCAGGGACCAGAGGGCAAGAAGGAGCUUGCGGCUAUCGAAGAAAGCCUUUGCGGAACCGAAAGCCUCCGCCUGCGGGAUCUGGCUCUUCCGUACAUCUACCGGCCAUUCUUGUGCUUGUUGCUGGUCAUGUUUUUGCAGCAGUCAUCGGUGGUGACCGUCAUCGUCGUUUACACCCACGACAUCUUCCGCGAGGCGGGCACGUCAAUGGCGCCCGAAGACUGCAGCAUAAUCAUUGGCGUCGUUCAAGUGGCCGUGGUAGCGAUAGCCACAUUCCUAACGGACCGCGUUGGUCGCAAGAUUCUUCUUAUAGUCUCCACUUUCGGGACGAGCAUGAGCUUGUUCCUGUUCGGAUACUCAUUUUACCUCAAGCAGCACAGCCCGGACACGUUUGCGAUCUCGUAUACUUGGCUUCCGAUCGUGUCCAUGGGACUGAUGUUCGUUGCGUUCAACGUCGGUAUGUCCCACCUUCCGUGGGUGCUUCUCGGGGAGAUGCUGCCGCUGCGUGUUAAAGGAUUCGCCACGGGAUUCUGCACAUCAUUCGCCUUUGCCUACUCGUUCCUCCUCAUCAAGGAGUUUUUCAGACUGCAGCUGCUUCUGGGAGCGGCAGCUACCUAUUGGCUAUUCGCUGCUUUGCUUCUCGUGGGUUGCGUUCUGUUCUGGAUUUUUAUUCCAGAGACGAAGCAAAAGACGUUAGAAGAAAUUGAGAAGCUUUUUGGAAAGAAAGUAGCAGACUUCGCUAAUGAUGCGGGGAUGAGCUAAAGUGUGGACCAGUCACGACUUUUUUCACACUUCAGUGGCAUCUUAGUUCACAUUUCUACACCUAGCUGCUCCAAGCCCAGAGGUUGGUCGGCCUCAAUGUCUCUACAGAGCUGUUUGUAACAAUAAGCACAGUAUUACUUAACAACUGUACGAUAUUAAGUUUAAAGAGACAGGGCUGGCAGCUCCUCAAGUGUGGGUAUGUGUUUCAUCGAUCCAGAAAACGCGUAACCGAUAACGAACAAUGGCGAGCGAAAGUGCGUGAUUUGCGGUACAGUAACAGCAAGGGUAUGCAAAUGAAAAGGCAGUAAAUUGGUUUAUAUCAAGCAUACGCCUGCAAAACUGUAGCAUAUCGUCAAAUUCUGUGGCUAUUGCGAUUCUACAUCUAAACAUUAUGUUCGCCAUGCUAAAGUAUUAUAGAGUGGUCAAGAAUUUACCUGUUAUGUGUUUCAAGGAAAUCUUUCUGCUUGUCGUGUGUAUUCUCCCACAGUGUACUUAGUUCUCGCGCAAUCAUUGCUCGGCCAUAUGCUUGUUUCAAGUGUAUAGUCUCAUCAAAUAACAUCUGUGACUUUUUUUCGCAAACUAUAUGUGUGACUGUGACGCACUCAUCUGUAAACCACGAGAGUCUGCGAUCAAUAUAUUCGCUACUGGUAUCAAGACAUAAUUUUCGGGGGAAUUUGGCAAUAUCUGUAGUUAAGAACUGAGUUGCUGCCUGCAAUAAGGAACUCGUCGGUAUUGCAACUCCUAGC